GCGCUCGGGACUUGCAGAUAGUGGUGACCGCGGCAACAUGUCCGUGGCGUUAGCAACCCCGAGGCAGCAAGGCAAGGGAGAGAUCACUCCCGCCGCGAUUCAGAAGAUGCUGGAUGAAAAUAACCAUCUUAUUCAGUGCAUAAUGGACUAUCAGAAUAAAGGAAAGACCUCAGAGUGUUCUCAGUAUCAGCAGAUGUUGCAUACAAACUUGGUAUAUCUUGCUACAAUAGCAGAUUCUAAUCAAAAUAUGCAGUCUCUUCUACCAGCACCACCCACACAGAAUAUGCCUAUGGGUCCUGGAGGGAUGAAUCAGAGUGGCCCUCCCCCACCUCCACGCUCUCACAACAUGCCUUCAGAUGGAAUGGUAGGUGGGGGUCCUCCUGCACCACACAUGCAGAACCAGAUGAACGGCCAGAUGCCUGGACCUAAUCAUAUGCCUAUGCAGGGACCUGGACCCAAUCAACUCAAUAUGACAAAUAGUUCUAUGAAUAUGCCUUCAAGUAACCAUGGAUCCAUGGGAGGUUACAACCAUUCCGUGCCAUCAUCACAGAGUAUGCCCGUACAGAAUCAGAUGACAAUGAGUCAAGGACAACUUAUGGGAAACUAUGGCCCCAGGCCAAAUAUGAAUAUGCAACCAAACCAAGGCCCAAUGAUGCAUCAGCAGCCUCCUUCUCAGCAAUACAAUAUGCCACAGGGAGGCGGGCAGCAUUACCAAGGACAGCAACCACCUAUGGGGAUGAUGGGUCAAGUUAACCAAGGCAGUCACAUGAUGGGUCAGAGACAGAUUCCUCCCUAUAGACCACCUCAACAGGGCCCACCACAGCAGUACUCAGGCCAGGAAGACUAUUAUGGGGACCAAUACAGUCAUGGUGGACAAGGUCCUCCAGAAGGCAUGAACCAGCAAUAUUACCCUGAUGGUCAUAAUGAUUACAGUUAUCAGCAACCGUCGUAUCCUGAACAAGGCUACGAUAGGCCUUAUGAGUAUUCCUCACAACAUUACUACGAAGAAGGAAAUUCUCAGUAUGGCCAGCAGCAAGAUGCUUACCAAGGACCACCUCCCCAACAGGGAUAUCCACCCCAACAGCAGCAGUACCCAGGGCAGCAGGGCUAUCCAGGACAACAACAGGGUUACGGUCCUUCUCAAGGGGGUCCAGGUCCUCAGUAUCCUAACUAUCCACAGGGACAAGGUCAACAGUAUGGGGGAUAUAGACCAACACAGCCUGGACCACCACAGCCACCCCAGCAGAGGCCUUAUGGAUACGAUCAGGGACAGUAUGGAAAUUACCAACAGUGAAGAAAUACUUACAUUCCAAUAGCCAGUAUCUGUUAGCAGCCAUAUUGUCACCUCAGCACUGUGGACGCCUCCCUGUGAAGAGAUCCUUCCAUUCCAUCUAGUUUUUGGAAAACCCUUGUGGAUAAGUGACUGUUUCAUCAGUAAGCAGCCAAGCAGCCUGUGUGGUUUAGUUGUAAAAGGCUUUAGUAGCUAAAAAAUACUCUUGAUUUCACAUUUCUACUCUAGAUGGCAACAUUGGACAGAAGAUGCAAUGACAUAACCAAUUUGCAGUGAUUUCGAAACUGUGUUUCAAAUGGACUGUUACAGACUGAAAGGUGUGAACAGCUUUGUAUGUUUAUGAAGGUUAAGGGAAUUUAAUACUUUUCCACAGAUUCUUUUAUAACAGGAAGAGGUAAACGUACACUUUUUACAGCAGCAAUAUUUUGUAUAUUAUGUUUAUUUCAUGUGCAUAUGCAAGGCGGUACACUACGCACUGGACAGAAUGAGAAAUCCUCUGUUAAUGUGGACUGGAGGACGGUAGAUGCUUGAUUGUUUGGGUCUCAAAAUGGUGUACUGUAAAGAGAAAGGUGAGAGAGAAGACAAAGCACACCAUAUGUCCUCUGUUGUGUUCUUAGAGAGGAAAUUCACAUCCCUUUUAUCUAUUAGAGAAUCCAGGCCACUGUGAUAUAGCUUUGAGUAAAAAGACAUUUUUUUAAAAGCCUUCCAGUUUUGUGGACUAAAACCUUUUUAUAAAGAUCAUUUAUAAUACUGUUUUAAAAUGUGAGGCAAUAAGAAUUACUUUAUGUUGGAUCUGAAGAAUCUUGAGUAACAGUUUCAGGUAGAUGAAGUGGUACUCCUCUCCUAAAAUAGCAAUAACUGAAAGUGAAAGUGUUAAUUUUACUUUAUUUGAGUAAUCAGGGAACUUAGUAAUAUCAAAACAUUUUAUAAAUGAUAUCAGAGUCAGCAUUGAUCCAGCAAUU